GAGGGAAGAGGAAAUGAAAAGCGAACAAACAAAUGGCGACGCGAUUCGCCGGCAGCGGAGAUACAAAUCCGAGUCUUAGCAAGCUGAAAGAAGCCGUCAUCGCUACCACAUUAGGCGGUGUCGGCGGAGCUCUUUGCGGCGGCAUGGUAGGAAUGUUCAUCCUGGCCCCACUGGCGCGGGGUUCCCCAGGAGCACUGAGCCGAACUCAGUACGCUCGUGAGUAUGCUCGGAACGGUUCAGCGUGUUUCGCUGCAUGGUGUGGAAUUGAAUCCAUAAUGAAGGGAAUCAGAGGCAAAGAUGAUCUUACUUGUUGUUUGGUCUCGACGUCAGGUGGUGGGUUGGCAUACUCUAUUGUGAGCAACGGCUUGAAAAUAAAGCCUGCACUCUUCAGCGCUGCUGCUUUCGCUGUUUUGCCAGGAACAUAUUAUAAGGUGAGGGAAACAAUCAGAUCGCGCAAUGCCCAAGACGCCUUUUACACAGAUGCAAGAGCUAUGCUAUCGAAGCUACGCCUUGAGGAAUACGAGAAUAACUUCAAGAAAGGACAUCUCACUGAUCCCACCUUACCAUUGCUCACUGAUAGUGACCUAAAAGAAGUGAACAUUCCAUCAGGGACGAGGCGUCUGAUACUAGAUCAUAUCAAGAGGCACAAUAAGAUGGUAAACCGCAAGUGAGGAUAGCAGUGUAUAUAUGGAUUGGUGAUGACUUAGAAUCUUGCUAGUUUGUAAUAAUAAUCUUAAGUCUUUAUUCAAAGCCAAGAAGAACAAACAUCACUUUAU